AUGGCUUCCGCUAAAGACUCAGCGCCAGAGCUCCUGAUAACAGAUUCGCGACUGAACCGCAGUUACGCUAUCCCUAUCCACCCUGGUGGGUAUGUGGAGGCCACGGCAUUCGCAGGCGUGAAGGACACUUCAGGGGAGGGCCUUAUGCUGUUCGACGAAGGCUCCCGCAAUACAGCCUGCAUCAAGUCCGCGGUAUCGCACCUCAAUGCCGCAACUGGCGAGCUCCAGUAUCGCCAGUACCCAAUCCAAGAUCUCUUUGGGAAUUAUGGGUUUGCAGAAAAUGUUCAUCUGCUCGUCUUUGGGUCUCUGCCCAAUGCGGAUCAAAAGAAAACCCUAGACAGAACGCUAGCCCAAUCUAUGUUGACCUAUAUAGACGCAUCGAAGGUCAUUCAAUCAUUUGCACGAACGGCACCCAUGAUGACCAUGAUCAUGGGUGGGCUGAGCGCUUGCAAUGCCCUAGAGCCCCAUUUUAUCCCCGUCCACGAGGACCGAGAUAUUUACGGUGACGCAGAAUCGGUUGAUGACCAUGUCAUUCGGACACUGGCAGCGCUUGCCGUGGUGAUCAGUGCUGCUUACUGUCAUAAGCAGUCUUUGCCUCUACAGAAGCCGCGUGAGAAUUUCAGCUUCAUGGACAAUAUGCUUUUCAUGAUGAAUUUUAUAUCCAAGGAGACAGGCCUGCCGAUACCUGAGCAGCUUCGUACAAUUGGGAGUACAACAAACAUACCAGCCACGAUCCAACAAGUCAAGAAUCGCAAGCGGCGACUGUAUGGGUUUGGGCAUCGUAUUUACCGAGCAGUCGACCCCCGGGCUACCCUCUUGAAACAAUUUCUCCAAGAUCGCGCAAAGGAGGGCGUCCCGAUGAGUCCGUACAUGCAAGUUGCAUUGGAGUUGGAACGUAUUGUCGAGACGGACACGUUCUUUACGUCACGGAAGUUGAAAGCGAACACCGAUCUAUACACCGUUCUUGCAUAUGAGUCAAUUGGUAUCCCGGAAGAACUUGUUUUCCCUUUCAUCUGCAUCUCUCGAACAGUAGGGUUUUUGGCACACUGGAAGGAGCAAAUGGCCAAGCUAACACUGCCUGUCCAGCUACUUCUCCUACGCCGUGGAGACCGCAACAAAUUUACGUCGGGCCACCGGUACAGCGGGCGGCCAAACUUUGAAUUCGAAGAUUAUACUCGUUAG